UGUUGAAGUUUUCUCCUCCUCUUGUUGCUUCGCAUCUCUUUCAAAAAUGUCUGGUUCCAGUUCAUCAUCUUCACAAAUGGGGGAGGAUAAAGUCCGUAACUUCAGUAAUCUUAAACAUUUUGCAGACACCGACCAGAUCUGGUCCAUCAAUAAGAUCAGCGAUGAGGUCGUGAAUUGGUUGGCUGCUCACCUGGAAAAGUUGAAGAACUUCCUCGAUACAGAUGAUGAGGAACUUGAUGAUCUUUAUGAAAGUUUUGAGACAGUCAGGGGAGAUUUUGAAGAUGUUAGAAAUGCUAUCGGGGAACUCAACAAGUCCGAAAUUUUGGUCAACGAGAAGAUCAGAGCUUUUCUGCGUCCCAACUUGCCCGAUAUCCAAAGGCUGGAAGAAGCUACUGGACAAUCUGAAUCCCAGAGGCCGCAGAGUGAUGAUAAGCAGUCUAUCCCAAUCAGCGUUAAGAAGCUGGUUCCGGAGAUGGGUGCAGCUGCUUCAGAAUUAAAGGCGCAGCUCAAAUUAACUCCCCAGAAUGAGCCAGCUGGUGAGGCUGCAGUAACUGAAACCCAAUUAGAAAGUGAACAGAAAGAAAUAGAUGAUGCUGGUCGGCACAAGAUACCAGCUAUACCUUCUGAACAGAUCGAAGAAACUUCAUUGUUCCAGUAUUUUGCAGAACAGUAUAGGGGGCUCAAUAAAAAUACGAAAAAGUGUUUGUCAUGCAUUUUGGUGUUUCCAGAUGAUUUCGUUAUAAGGAAGACAGCCUUAAGGUAUUGGUGGAUGGCAGAGGGUUUAGUAGAGACCACCACGGCGGCAGAGGAGAAGGAAGAGACCACCACGGCGGCAGAGGAGAAGGAAGAUACCACCAGGACGGCAGAGGAGAAGAAAGAUGCCACCAGGACGGCAGAGGAGAAGAAAGAUGCCACCAGGACGGCAGAGGAGGAGAUAGCGGAACUUAUAAAAAUGGACUUCAUUGAACCGGUGAUGAAGGAAGGGAGAAUACUAGAAAACAAAUUCAUCAGAAUGAAUCCCUUCAUUCGUUUAAUUGUUAGGAUGCUAGCGAAGAAAGAAAAAUACUUUGAUUCUGAUUCUGAUUCUGAUUCUGAAGGGUACUCACCAAAACGUUUUACUGGCAAGGUAAUCCUGCUGAGUCUCAACCAGAAGUCUUCCCAGUAUGCAAUAUGGAAUCAAAAUCCAACAAAUUUGGAGACUUUAUUCAAUGUCAAUCAAUCCCUCAUAGAUCUGCAGAGUUUCUGGCUAUCCAAGGCGAAAAGUCUCCGUGUUCUUCAGAUAGGUAGCUGGAGAGGCUCCUCUGACGAUCAUGUUAAGGUGGCUAGCGCUGAAUUCUUGGAAAGUUUUGUCAAUCUCAAAUCCCUGAGGUACUUAGGUUUAAACAUGGUCUACGGAAUUCAAAAGCUUCCGCCUUCUGUUUCUAGUCUGGGUAAUCUGAGGAUACUGGAUCUCAAAGCAUGCCACAAGUUAACAAAAAUUCCUGCAGAGAUAAGGAAGCUCACAAGCCUGACUCAUUUAGACAUGUCGGGCUGUUAUAUGAUAGAAAGCAUGCCAAAAGAACUAGGGCAACUGAAGGAGCUCCGAGUUCUUAAGGGUUUUGUGGUUGGAGAUCCAAAAAGAAAGGAUGCGUGCAAGAUAGUUCAUUUGACAAAUUUGAAGAAUUUGAGAAAACUAAGCGUCUCCUGCAGCAUGGCUGAUGCAGAAGAGGCAACAGAGCUGGAAGGUUUAUAUGAGUUUGAAGAAUUGCGUUCCCUUACAAUAGCAUGGAUUAAACUUCCUAGCCCAUCAAAGACCUCCAAAGGAAAAUCCCAUAGGGGUAAUUUUUUCACGAGAUUGGUCAGCAGAUAUCAUGAGAUUGGUGCAAAAGAAAAGAGGGGUUAUCCACUUAAUACGGGGAUAAGAAGAGCUAACCCAGAUCCUGUGCCAGAAAAAUUAGGUCAGAUCAAACUAGAAGGAGCCAAGAGCUUUGAACAACUAACUGGAACGCCUUCCCCAGAUGACAAAUCGUUUCUUCCUAAACGAUUAGAAAAGUUAGACCUUCGAUGUUAUCCCAAUUCUAGUUUGCCCACCUGGAUAAAUCCAGGUCAACUGGGAAAACUAGAAAAACUCUACAUCAGAGGAGGACAUCUCUGUUAUCUGAAGAAGUUCGAAACUGUUAAAACUUUACGCCUGAGGUACUUGACCAAAUUGAAAAUGGAUUGGAAGAAAUUGAACGAUUUGUUUCCAGACCUGCAAUUCCUGGAAAAGAUUGGUUGCCAGAGCCUCAUCUUUUUUCCUUGCAAUGAAUACGGGGAAUGGAAGAGGAACACUGAGCACUAGCAUAGUUUUCGCUCUUUCUUCUCUUCUUCUUGCUUUUUUUUUUUUUUUUCUUCAACAGUCUAUGUAAUUUCUUCAAUGCAUAAUUUUUAAUGGAUGGUGUUUCUUUCUUACUAAUUUCUACUUUGUGUUUCUACUUAUUGCUCUGUAUCUCUACUUGCGGAUUGUUUUCUUUUUAUAUGAUCCCAUUAAAAAAAAAAAAACUAUGGGAUCAAUUGAUUAAUUUAUUAUUAUUUAAUAAUUAAUUCUUUUCUUA